GCCGGCUCCCCUGCCCGAGGCGCCGCUCGAGGCUCGGCGGAGCAUGGACGGCCCGAGUGAGGACAGGCCUGCGGGGGACGGCAGUGACGGGGAGGACUCCGACUCCACCGAAGCCCGGGCCCGGAUCCGGGACGCCCCGGAAGACAUCGUGCUAGAGGCGCCGGCCAGCGGGCUGGCGUUCCAUCCUUCCCGCGACCUGCUGGCGGCCGGAGACGUGGACGGGGACGUGUUCGUGUUCUCCUACUCUUGCCAAGAAGGAGAAACCAAGGAGCUCUGGUCCUCGGGUCACCACCUCAAGUCCUGCCGUGCUGUCGUCUUCUCUGAGGAUGGGCAGAAACUUGUCACUGUCUCCAAGGACAAAGCCAUCCACUUCCUUGAUGUGGAGCAGGGCCGGCUAGAGAAACGGGUUUCCAAGGCUCAUGGUUCUCCGAUCAACAGUCUGCUGCUGGUCGAUGAGAACGUUCUGGCCACUGGGGAUGACACAGGCGGGGUCCGGCUCUGGGACCAGCGCAAGGAGGGCCCCCUGAUGGACAUGCGACAGCAUGAGGAGUACAUUGCUGACAUGGCUCUGGACCCUGCCAAGAAACUGCUGCUGACAGCUAGUGGCGAUGGCUGCCUGGGUGUCUUCAACAUUAAACGGCGCCGGUUCGAGCUGCUCUCGGAGCCCCAGUCUGGAGACCUGACCUCCGUCACGCUCAUGAAACUUGGGAAGAAGGUGGCCUGUGGCUCCAGUGAAGGGACCAUCUACCUCUUCAAUUGGAAUGGCUUCGGAGCCACCAGUGACCGCUUUGCCCUGAGAGCUGAGUCCAUUGACUGCAUGGUUCCAGUCACAGAGAGCCUGCUGUGUGCUGGCUCCACUGACGGCAUCAUCAGGGCUGUGAACAUCCUGCCAAACCGCGUGGUAGGCAGCGUGGGCCAGCAUGCUGGGGAGCCUGUGGAGAACCUGGCCCUCUCCCACUGUGGUCGUUUCCUGGCCAGCAGUGGCCAUGACCAGCGCCUCAAGUUUUGGGACAUGGCCCAGCUUCGAGCCUUGGUGGUGGAUGACUACCGGCGGCGCAAGAAAAAGGGGGGUCCUCUGCGUGCCCUGAGCAGCAAGGCCUGGAGUGCUGAGGACUUCUUUGCAGGACUGAAGGAUGAGGAAGAAGGUUCCAAGGCUCAGGAGGAGGGGGAGGAGAGCGAGGACGACAGUGACUGAGGCGGCAGGUGGAUGCACACUGCCAGGAGGCCAGCUUCUCAGGACAGGCCCUGACGGAGGAUGUGAGCUGCUAAUCACCCACCGUACAGCCCAAGAAGAUACACUGCAGGCCCAGGACUUAGGGCACCUCCAGGGGGCAAGGACUUCCCGGUGACAAACUCCAGGCUGGGGCAAGACAGCACAGACACAUGUAUGAACUAAACAGAUGU